UUACUCGGAGCCAUUAUCAUCAUCGUACGGACUAGGACUAGAAUUGGAAAUAGAAAGAAAAUGUCUGCUAUAUAUAAUUUUUUAGAAUUGCCCAUUCGAGGGAAUGGCAGGCAGCCAGUCCUGAGGAGCUGUUGCUCUAUCUGUAGCCUGAAAGCUGGCUGCCGAAUCAUAGCUCUCUUCGAAGCCCUAAUCAGUGGAAUACAAAUCUACUUGGCUCGCCAGGAGAUUGGGGAAGUUUCUUACACAUCCUCAAAGCUACAGAAGUCGAAAGAAUCAUAUUUGCCGCUCUUUGUGGACAAUCCUUAUUUUUCCAAUGCCCUCGACAGUUUGGUUCUACUAAAUUCUUUGAUACUCGUUAUGGGAGCCGAAUUGUCGAAUAUACCUUGCCUGAUCCUUUGGAUUUGCAUUACCAUUUUAUCCAAGUCAAUCGAUGUUACUAUACACUUGAUGCAGGGCAAUGAUCUCACAAGUGCCUUCUUUCUCUGCACUUCACUCAUUAUUAAACUCUAUUUUUGCGCUGUGGUUGCAUCUUUAAUUUUGCAAAUUAAGAACAAGUUUCGUUCAGGUUUCAUGGAAACAGAAGUUCUGUACACACAAGCCGAAGAUGUUUAAAGAGACGUGAAUAAUUUCUCACCCACAAAUAUAUAUACUUAUUUUUGGUAGAAACAAAAUGAAAAUUGCAACAGCUUACAAGCUAAGAUAAAAGGAUACAGACAUAAAUAUGUUAAAGGAGUAAAUAGAUUUCAUGCCUGGCCACUACAACCAAUUUUUGAGCUAAAUAUAUAUAUGUAUGCAGAGAUUUGCUACUUGAA